CAGGUGGAUACUGGUGGCGGCGUGAGGGAUGCUGCUGCCCAGGCUCUUUGGCCGGUUGAAGGCAGCGGUCGUCGGGGUGGUGCAUGUGGGAGCGCUGCCAGGGACACCAAGAAGUUCUCUUCCAUUGACCCAGAUCAUUGAUCAAGCUUGUCAAGAGGCAGAAGUUUACAAGAAUGCUGGAGUUGAUGGCUUGAUAGUAGAAAACAUGCAUGAUCUUCCUUGCACAGUAUGUCCUGGGCCUGAAGUAACUGCAGCGAUGACAGUCAUUAGUGCCGCAGUGAGACAAGCCUGCACUCAUCUUGCACUGGGUGCCCAGAUCCUGUGUGCUGCAAAUCAACAGGCAAUAGCAGUUGCUCUUGCUGCAGGUCUUGAUUUUAUCCGUGCUGAAGGGUUUGUGUUUUCUCAUGUUGCUGAUGAAGGGAUUAUAAAUGCCUGUGCAGGUAACCUGCUACGAUACAGAAAACAAGUUGGAGCAGAGAACAUUCAGGUUUUCGCAGAUAUUAAAAAGAAACAUAGUGCUCACGCUCUGACGGUGGAUGUCAGCGUGGCCCAGACCGCUUUGGCUGCUGAGCUCUUCCUGGCUGAUGGGGUUAUACUGACUGGCACAGCAACUGGACUGCCCACAGAUCCUCAGGAGCUGAAAGAGGUUAAAGAUACUGUGAAGAUUCCUGCGCUGGUUGGGUCUGGAGUGACUCUAGAGAAUGUGAUGAAUUACUUGGAUGCAAAUGCUCUAAUAAUUGGCUCGCAUUUCAAGAAAGAAGGUUAUUGGGCAAAUGCUGUUGAUCCUAACCGAGUAAAGAAAUUUAUGGAACACAUACGUAAACUGAGAGAAUGAAAUUGUCAGUAAACAGUAUUUUUUUGUGUGUCUGUAUAAAUGUAUUAUGAUGCAUCAUACAGAAUUAAAGCACAAAUGUGUGGUUGAAGGGCUAAUAACUUGAAAUGAAAACACUCAUCAUCUCCAUAACUAGCUUGGAAACAUGGUGGCACUUACAAUAAACUUGUUCUCUGAUACAUGCUUCUAGGCAGCACAUU